UCCCUUUUUUGAAGCCCAGCGUCUCCUGACCGCCGUUGUCUCCUACCCUGACCCCUUCUGUCGCUAAUAGCUAUACAAAAUUCAUGAACUCAACUUGAGAUUUCUUUGUUAUUCAGUCACACUGUCCUUACAUUUCAAGAUGCUGUGAUACCCAGGAUUCGAACCCAUUGCCUGUGGCAUUGCAGUCAGACAAUCUAUUCAUUGAGCUAUCUGUGCUUGCAUAGAAAGGUAGCUUGGAACUAUUUGCACAAUAUGGGACACAUCAACCAAACAACAUGUUUUAUAGAUGACACUGUUGCAAAUGCCAUCCUGGUUACGCUGUACUUUGUCGUGUUUAUUGGGGGAACAAUUGGCAAUAUUAUAAUGAUCUUCCUGCUAUGCAGAACUAACACGCGAUCCAUGACCACCACUUCAAUCAUAAAUCUAUUAGUGGUCCACAGCAUCUUUCUUCUCUUACUUCCAUUUCGCAUUUAUUACUACAUCCAAAGACGAUGGGAUUUUUCAUUUGCAUUUUGCAAGGUGAUAAGUGCAAUGAGUCACAUCCACAUGUAUCUAUCCUUUAUAUUUUAUGUAGCAUUGCUCAGCAUCAAAUACAUAAGCUACUUCAAACAAAAGGACAAGAUUGAGUUUUACAGGACACUCCAUUCUGUGGUUGCCAGUGCAGCAGUGUGGAUUAUCAUAUUACUUGUUAUGUUGCCUUUGUUUUUUUUCCAGUAUGGCUCCUAUGGAAAAAAUUAUAACUUGAACCAAUGUUUUCAUUUCCAAAUGGAAUUCGCUAAACCUUUUGUGAUCACCUUGAACUAUGUUGUCAUUGGGGGACUUUUCAUAGUGGUAUGUCUUCUUCUGGUUGUUCAGAUAUUCAUCAUCGUAAAGGUUGUGAAGAAACUGAAGAAGUCAGCUUUAGACCAUCAAGAGUUCUGGGUUCAACUGAAGAGUUUAUUUUUCAUUUUUGUCAUGAUCAGUUGUUUCUUUCCUUAUCACAUGUUCAGGAUUUACUAUAUCAAACAUUCUCAAGACUGUUUCUAUUUCAAUGAGAUCUUCUUAGGUAUAACUGCCCUCAGCUGCCUGGAUCUCCUGUCAUUUGCCACACAUACCUAUUUACAGAAAGUGUUACAAAAUAGGACCUGUUCAUUAAAAUGUCUAUGGCGAUCAUAAUUUGAAUAAAUAACUAAAUGCAUUUAUGAAGUAUCGAUGCAAAAAAAAUCCAAAGAUGAAAAUAGUUUUAUUAGUCUCUUUCCCUCAUUGCAGAUAAAGAUGCACUUCCAGAAAACAGUUGUAGUUAUUGUUCUCCAAUUCAAAAUGGCUGAUUGGGGGUAUGAGUUGUGUUUUUUAAAUGCCCUAUCCUAGUGGCUGACGACAGAUCUUGACCAAUAUAUAUAAUUCAAGUUAUCGCCCAACAAAAUUUGUAUGGACCAACUGUGCUAUCAACAACAACAGUGAAUGGCAAGUACUGUAUCUAACUCCAAUUCCAAUAACACAUGAAAAGCCAACCUGGUAGGGUGGUGACACCAGGGCCGUAACUAUAGGGGUGUGCAAGUGGUGCCAUCACACUGGGCACGGCACCUCCAUGUGGCUUUCAGGGUGCCUGAAACAGGACCCUGCAGCCAGUAGAAUUGCUGCAGAACCAACUGUAACAUCCAAGGGUUGCCCUAGGUAGCACCCUGCACCCUAUGGAGCUGACCGGAGCAUCUUUAGGGUGCUCCGAGCAGUUCUCUACUUCCUAGUGAUGUCAUGACCUAAUAAGCUAAGGGGGUCGAGCCAGACCAGGUCAGCACAGAGCCCUGUUAUGGCCCUUACUGAUGCUGACCUGAGUAGGGUGAAAUUGGCCUAAUCACUGUAUUGAAUGGGAGUGCAUCUCAAAUAACAAAAUGCAGCAAGAAGACCAUAUGUACUGUAGGGUGUUUUUUUCACCUUACGUGGGAUUGACCUUUUAAAGUAGAACUGUUGCCAGAAGGGGGUUGUACAUUUAUUUGCUUUUAUAUAAAAUCUUGCUGUACAUUAAUUAAAACAGAAUAUCUCCACCAACCAUGUUUAUCAAUGAUGGGGAUACCUUUAUACCUUACCCCAAAUGCUAAACAGCAACAGAUGCUCGUUCUCCUUUCCACCAUUAUCUCCUCUUCUCAUCAGUUGCUGAAAGGGAAGACGUUCCUACCUCAGUAUUGUAACAAAACUGUAUUACAGUUAAAUAUGCAGUAAUAAAAGGUAAAAUACUGUGAAAAAUAUAUAACUUCAUAGAGUGUCAAGUGAAACUCCAGAGAAGCAUUGUGUAAUUGACCAUAAACGUCCAAUAAGCAGGAUGUGAUUAAUGUAAUCUAAGUUGGUGAAGCAAGUCCUAUUGAAGGGAACUCAAUUAGUAUAAUAUGUUGAGCUGUUUCUAGGUGUAUUAGUAGGAAGAAUGCUCUAUACUCUAUGUUGUAUAGUUGUUGCAAUGUUUACUGUAUUGUAAAUUGUACAUUAUAAAUCUCCCAAUUCUAUUCUAUUCUAUAGAGAUUACUAGAAAGUUCUCUGUUUUGUAUACUGAUCAUUAAUAUGCUCUCUGUAUUGUUUAUAGAUCACUACAAAAGUAUUUGCAUUUAAUACUAGUUAGCUGUUUUGAUUAUAGCUGUUUAAAAUAAUACUUUUCAUAUAUUUCAUUGGCUAUAUAAACUACACCUAUAUUACACAAAACACACCCACCAGGUUAUGGCCAGACCCACUGGGAGAAGGGCCCUAGCCACUUGUUCCUCAGGUCAAUGUUAUCAGUCUUCACCUGCUCAGAUGAGGGCUGGUAACUGAUUACCUGAGGGACAAUUUGGAGUAAAUUAAUGUUGUUGUUGUUGUUGUUGUUGUUACUAUAUGAAAAUUAGCAUUUAACAUACCCUCCAAUGUGACCCAUUCCAUUAGGUACUCAGAUGUAUUAACCUGGAGAAGGCAUAG